ACCGGAGAAGGAGAAUAGGAAGGGCAGGAAAAAGCAAUGCUAAAUCCAGGAUACAGCUGAGAGAGACAAGAGAGGCUGCACCGGGAGAAGGAGAAAUUGGGGGUGGGGUGGGGGAAGGACCGUAGAGAAUACUAGAAAGGGGAGAAAAGGCUUUUUGCAGAUAAUUUACAUAUUUUUAUAUAGAAUACGCAGGGACUCAGAGAACCAGUUCCAAUGAACAUGUCAGUGUUGACUUUGCAAGAAUAUGAAUUUGAAAAGCAAUUCAACGAGAAUGAAGCCAUCCAGUGGAUGCAAGAGAACUGGAAGAAAUCGUUCUUGUUUUCAGCGCUGUAUGCUGCCUUUAUAUUCGGUGGUCGGCACCUAAUGAACAAGCGAGCAAAGUUUGAGCUGAGGAAACCUCUUGUGUUGUGGUCCCUGAGCCUUGCAGUCUUCAGUAUAUUCGGUGCUCUUCGAACUGGUGCUUAUAUGGUGUACAUUUUGAUGACCAAAGGCCUGAAGCAAUCAGUUUGUGAUCAGAGUUUUUACAUUGGACCUGUCAGCAAAUUUUGGGCUUAUGCAUUUGUAUUAAGCAAAGCACCGGAACUUGGAGAUACAAUAUUCAUUAUUCUUAGAAAACAGAAACUCAUCUUUCUGCAUUGGUACCACCAUAUCACUGUGCUUCUCUACUCUUGGUACUCUUACAAGGACAUGGUGGCUGGAGGCGGCUGGUUCAUGACGAUGAACUACGGGGUGCACGCGGUGAUGUACUCUUACUACGCCCUGCGGGCGGCGGGCUUCCGGGUCUCCAGGAAGUUUGCUAUGUUCAUCACCCUCUCCCAGAUCACACAGAUGUUGAUGGGUCUCGUAGUCAAUUACCUGGUCUUCUACUGGAUGCAGCAAGACCAAUGCCACUCUCAUGUUCAGAAUAUCAUCUGGUCUUCUCUCAUGUACGUCAGCUACUUUGUACUCUUCUGUCAUUUUUUCUUUGAAGCCUACAUCGGCAAAAUGAGGAAAACAAGGAAGGCUGAAUAAUGUUGGAACUGAGAAGGAAGCCAUCGCUCAGGGUCAUCAAGAAAAAAAAAAAACAGACAAAAGAAAAUGGCACAAGGAAUCAUAUAUGGUGCAGCUAAAAAUAAUAAUAAUUUAAAACAAAACUUGGCAGCUUAGGGGUAACUAGGUUGAUCUAACCCAGUAAGUUUAUGAUCCUUUUAUGGUGAGGACUCACUGAGUUCAACUCCAUCUUAAAGGACUGCUGCUGAGAGACACUAUCCCUCCCGUACCUGUCGACUCUAGGGGAAAAAAAUGAAAGAAAGAAAAGGCAAAUGAAGGUUAUUAACAAAUUUUAUGAAAAAAUAUUUAAUAAGUGUUAUAUUUCCCUAAGGACAGAAGACUUUUACUAAAAACAAAACAAAACAAAAAAAAUCAACUUAUUUCUAUAUCCUUUCUAAUCUUUUUUCGACACUAAACUCGAGCCAACAAGAAAAAAGACAAAAUUGGUGGAGGUGCAGGGGUGUGCCGUAGAACCAAUGCUUUGGCAGACAUGAAAACGCUCCUUGGGAAUGGCUGGAAAUUUUAGGCCAAAUGGAAGAGGUAUCUAGACGGUUUAUUAAGGUUGUCCUGAGCCAUAACUUGACGAGGAAGGGGAAAGCUUUUCCUACUGCAAUCUAGAAAUUGUAGGCAGCCCUUUUGCUAGUGAGUAUACAAAAACCAGCUGGGGGAUGAUCCUUUGACCAGGUUUUUAAAAUGAAUAAAACAUGACUGCCCAGUUCCAAAUGAGAGAAUUUUCCAAGUGCAUUUCCAAUGGAAGUCCAGCGAUUUCUAUUACUGCAUAAAAGAGGUUAAUCUUUGUUCUCUUGUCUGAGACUUUUAAAAAGAAACUUGGGAGGGGAGGGAGAAUGGGAAACAAUUUUUUAAAAAAGAAGAUGAAGAAGAAGAAGGCAAAAACCACAACCAAAUAAUAUGAAAAUUGAUCCUUUACUGGCUAGAAAGUUUUCGGAGGGGCAUGAGAGAGGGAUUUUCAGGAAAAAGAAGACACAAGAUUUCAUAAAUGUGGGCAACAUGUAUAUUCCUCUAUAUAAUCACUCUCUCUCUCACACGCACACACACACACAGAGCUUUCAAUGUAAAAACCUGUGAUAUGGUACACAUUUUCUAUUUUUUUGUGACUUUCAAGAAUUAUAUGCAGUAUUGAGUUAA